AUUUGAUCAUUUCUUCGUCAGAACUCCCGCAGCAAUAUAUAAGGGCUCCACGUAGAACGUUUGUGGAUGGGAACCUCGUCUGUCUAACAAGUGGCAGUGUGAAUAAUCCCGCCCGCAUCUGUAUCGUUCCGAAGCGAAUCACUUGUCUCCCUGAAACCUGCAAGCUGAUACUGCCGUUCGACAUGGGCCGCUCAACGAAAAGUCAACAACUACGUUCUUUAAUCCGAAUGCUAGCAGAUGCCUCCGAAGUGAUAAUCAAGGAAUGGGAAUCCGAGGAUUUCUCAUCUUCUGAUUUACCCACAGCGCCACUCCCGUCGCCUGAACUCUUCGAAGCACGCCGAGUUAUGGUCGGUGCCCUUGGGAUGUGUCUUGAUCUCGUACAGGAGCCUGCAGUCCGUCUGACCGACAUUUCCUGUGCACAUUUCACUGCAAGGGCACUGCAUGUCGCCGCAUAUGCCCGUGUUUCCGACAUACUUGCGGAUGCGGACCCCGUUGAAGGCAUGUCUGUGAAGGUUAUAAGCCAGAAGACGGGUAUUGGCGAGCAGAAGCUAACUCGAGUUCUUCGGACACUUUGUUCCAUCCACAUCUUCUCUGAAGUCAAAGACGACCACUUUGCAAACAACCGCGCGAGUCAAUGCCUGGUCAAGAAUGAAUAUUUGCGAGCAUGGAUCCUGUUGCACGGGCUAGAGGUCUAUACUGCCUCCGAUAAGCUCCUUCCAUUGUUGCUAGAUUCUGUCAAGUCCAAAUCGACGUCUGCCCGAGUGACAGCGUUCGCAGAUGGCAUAGGCACUGACCAGACGGCUUGGGAAUAUCUUGAGGAAGAGGUAAAAGGACCAGAUGGCGUACUUGCACCCCGUCCUUCGUUGGAACUCUGGUCACUGGCUAUGGUAGGCGGCGGGCACACUUUCGCAUCUGGCAUCUACAACGAUUAUCCUUGGGAGGCCUUAGGUUCGAGCACGAUCGUCGAUGUUGGCGGUGGCGCCGGUGGUACAAGUCUCGAUCUUUCGAAGAUGUUUCCUAGUCUACACUUCGUGGUCGAAGACCUAUCCAAGACAAUUCAGAAAGCGGAGGGAGUUUGGGGACGUGAGAAUCCAGAAGCAAUCAAGAGUGGGCGGGUGAAGCUCUUGCCGUCCGACUUUUUCGAGGAACAGCCUGUGAAGGGAGCUGAGGUCUACCUCCUUCGACACGUCCUGCAUGACUGGCCAGAUGACGAAUGCGUCACCAUCCUGGCCAAUCAACGCGCAGCAAUGGGCCCCGGUUCAAUCAUCCUGGUGGCAGAACAUGCCAUCAACACUACAGUGGGUUCGCCUAGACUGAAACGCGCUCCUCCACCGUUGCCACCCAACUACGGGUACGCUCAUCAGUGGGGGAAUGUUCACGAUUUAGUAAUGAUGGCCGUGCACAAUGGCAUGGAACGUACCCCGGAGAUGCUUGAUUCUUUGGCUAAGCGAGCGGGCUUGAAGGUCACCAGGAUGUGGGAGUGUCGUGGGGUGAUUGCGAUUGCAGAGCUACAUAUAGACGAGUAUUCACCGGAAUGAAGAUGUAGAAUCAUAGUUCUCACGUCUAGAGACAUUCCUUUCGAAAUCAUCACGUCUUUGCUGCUGUCAAUAAUCCUGACAAUCAGUUAGCGAGGGUUUGUCUCAC